AUUCCAUUCCAGCAUUCAUGCAACCGUCUUUUUAGUAUUUUUAGAAUAUUUUACAUAAUUUUAUUAUUAAUUUUUUUUUGCUUCAAAAUUCUUAAAAAAAUAAUCUUUAAAAUUUAAGACAAAACCCUCCAUAGGUGCAAAAAAGAGAAAAUGAGUGACACCGACUACUAUCGAGAACUGGAAGCUUCUGAACAACGAUUGAGCGAUUCUCGGGCUGCUAAUCGAGAAAGUAUCAGGACAGUGGAAGACAAAAUAUCUGAUGAGCGAGAGAAGCAUGUGGCACGAAUGUCGGAAAAAGAGAAGAAACAUCAUGAAAACAUGUUACGACUUACGAAUUCCAGCGCUGCAGAGAGGAAAUCCGCAGAGGAAGCACAUAGGAAAUCGGUUGAACAACUCAAAGAAAAACACAAAAACGAAACGGAAAAGUUAGAAACGCAAAUAAAAGAAAUAAAAGAGAAGGGAGAAGAAGAUGUUAGAAAAGUUGAGCUGCAACGUGCAAAUCUUGAAAAACAACGAACAGAAGCCCUUGACAUCCAUCUCGAAACGAUGAAGGAACUCAAUGAAAAAAAAUUUGAAGAAAUUAGACAACAGAGAAAAGAGCAAAAUAUCUUAAACGUGGAAGAGAUGAAGGCGUUAAGUACACGAAAUGCGAUUGAGCACGAAACUCAAAUGGGACUUAUUGAUGAUACACAAAACAUGAUCUUAAGCCGAGAAAGCAGACAAUCGAGCUUGACCUUAAUUGGACAUAUGAUGAAAAGCAUUGAAAGCGGUGAUGCUAUCUCAAGUCUUUUGCAAGAAAUGAAAACUUAUUGUGAAAACAGAGAUCAAUACUCUCCAACUGACAUUAAAAUAAUGAAGAACAUUUCGGCCGACAUUGGAAAACACAGAGCGAAAUGCGACUUCCAAAGGCAACAGCUCAUAAGUAAAAUUAAUCUGGAAAGUAACGCAGACCCCCAAGUGGUUGAUGGCUGUUUUGAAAUGUCAAUGAAAAUGAAAUGUUGCGUGGAGUCGAGUGACCUCCGUUCAGUUUGUACAACGUUGCCCCUUCUUGCUGCACAACAGGAGCAUGCCCGUAUUAGUGGAAUUAUAAACAAAAUCGGCAGUUUGACCGAUAACCUGGAUGCUAUCAAUGUAGAAAUUAAGACAAAAUCAAUUCAAUGGAGCCGACGUAUAACAAAUGCUUUGACGAAUACAACAGGAAAUUGA